AUGACCUCCUACAUCCCCUUCGAAAGCCUCCGCAACAUCCCCCUCUCCUACGCCUCCUGCUCCAUCGGCUCAAAACAAUCCGACACCCUUCCCCGCAAACUCGAAGCCAUUGCCGCAGCGGGUUUCACCGCAAUCGAGCUCUCCUUCCCGGAUAUCAUAGCCUACGGCACGCAGAUCACAGGCAAGGAACUGGGCAUCCGCGAAUACGCGCAACUCGUCAAUGUGACAAGAGAGAUUAAGAAACUGGCGGACUCGAACGGGCUGCAGAUCAUGAUGUUACAGCCGUUUGGGAACUUCGAGGGAUGGCCGCCUGGGUCCAGAGAAAGAGAUGAUGCGUUUCGGAGGGUGGCGGGGUGGAUGGAUAUUAUGGAUGCUGCGGGGACGGAUCUCCUACAGGUCGGCUCUAGCGACUCACCUGCCGGCAGAAUAUCUAUAGAUCGCAAAAUAAUCGUCUCCGACCUGCGUGAACUCUGUGACCUCCUCGCCAAGCGCAACAUGCGCCUCGCCUACGAAAACUGGUGCUGGAGCACCCACGCGCCGACCUGGAAAGACGUUUGGGAGAUUGUGAAAGCAAUCGAUCGCCCCAACGCCGGCCUCUGUCUAGACACCUUCCAGACCUCGGGCGGCGAAUACGGCGACCCCACGACGGAAAUGGGCCUGAUUAACCAUAUGCAUCCGACUGCCCUCAACCAGGUAUUCCAUGCUAGUCUGGAUGAGCUUGCGCGGACGGUGCCGCCGGAGAAAAUUUAUUUACUGCAGAUUAGCGAUGCGUAUAAGCCGCCGGAGCCGCUUGCUGAGAAGACUGUCAAGGGCUUGCGGCCUCGGGGGAGGUGGAGUCAUGAUUUUAGACCGAUGCCGUACGACGGUGGAUACCUACCUAUUGAAGAGGUUGCGAAGGCGGUGCUGCGGACGGGGUUUAGGGGGUGGUUUUCGAUGGAGAUUUUUGAUGGCGGGCCCGACGGGAAGGGGAGGGAAUAUGAUAUGAACGAGUAUGCGGAGAAGGCGAUGAAGAGUAUGCAGCGGUUCUUGAGCAAGUGUUCUACUGAUAGAGAUUGA